CCGAGUCCUGCCAUUAGACUGCCCAACGCUAGCACUGAGCACUCCUCUCGACCUCGGCGAGAGCUCGUCGCUGCCUGGUCCAGUUCGCCCUAGCGCAUCGCUAUCCUCUUUCCACGUCGGCGGCCCAGGCGACGCGAGGGUCCCGGAGCUUCCACAACGCCCUCCAAGGUCUAGCGACUGCCACCAUGCCCUCCUUGGCCACCACCCGGUGUAGUUUCCGCUUCACUGUGCCACUCUCCCGCUCCCGCCCAUGUCUCCCGCCCAUCGGUCAAACGAGAGGCUACGUAGUAAGGCCAGGUGACACUCGAAAGACAGCUCUAAAAACACCACAAAUACGCAAUAGUUUCAAGGCGAAGCACGCGCCAGCGUCGAAGAAGAAGGCCUUCGCUACCCCUCCCUACACGCCCAUGCCGACGAAUCAGCUCACGAAAAGCAUCUUCAAGACUGGCGAGCGCGUGGAGUUGGAGCUGCCCACAUUCUCACCCAAGGUCAUGAACGACGACUCUGUCGGCAGAGUCCUGGCGUUCCCGAAGGCCAAGAAUGAAGCGAUGCGCGCGUUUGGUGUCCCGGAGAGCGCACUUCAUGACUUCCGGAUUCUAUCAAGACCAUGCUCUGUUGUUCGGGACGUCACUAUAAGUACAUUCAACGUUCUCGACGCUGCGGGUCAAAAGUCGAGUCGGGACACCAGACUGAUGAUGACUGGCCCGACCGGAUGUGGCAAAAGUUACUUGCUACUGCAAACAGUAGAAUACGCAGCACAUAGUGACUGGAUCGUCUUGUAUAUUCCGCGAGGAUUGAGCCUCGUUGACUCAUCCAGGGACUAUGCGUAUGAUUUGCGAACACAGACAUAUUUGCAGCCAGAGUUUUCCGCGCAGCUGCUCCGCAGGUUCCUCAGUGUCAACGAACGGCUUACCAACAUGCUCAAGACCCGGGAGCAGGUUCCGCUGCAGGGUCGCUCGGUACCCGCGGGCUCCCGUCUCACGGCGCUCGUGAAAGCAGGUGUGGACGACGUGAACAACGCGCCCGUUGUUCUGUCAGUUCUGAUAGACGAACUGUCGCAACAGUCAACACACCCCGUGUUGCUCGCCGUCGACGACAUGCAAGCCAUGUACGGCUACAGCAUGUACCGUGACCCUCAUUAUCGGCAGAUCAUGGCGCAGCACCUUGCGAUCCCGCGGAUGAUCCUCCAGUACGCCAGCGGCAAGAAGGCAUUCCCCCGCGGCGCGGUCAUUGGUGCCGCAGGCACCCAACACACCGCGUUCAAGAUGCCCCUCGAGCUGUGCGAAGCUCUCGGACUGCCGCCACCGCGCUCCACAGGGCCGUACGCGAAGCGCUCAUCCGAUAUUGUAGAUUUCGCGCGGGGCCUGCAAAAUCUCCCCGUAUCGCCGCGGAUGAGCGUCAGCGAGGCUGCGUCGCUGUUCGAGGUCUGGAUGCAGGAUAACGCGCUCCACACGGGCCAGGUGCGCGUUGACGACGAGUUGCGAUCCAUGCCGAACGAUGAGCUCUUCAUGACGAAAUACGCGGAGGCCGAUGGGAAUCCCAGGGCGUUUGUGCGGAAUGGGCUUCUGGCGACGCAGAGCACGAUUUAGACUAGGUGUUAAUGUCGUACUACUUAAUUCCUCUGAUUGGCAUUUAUCGCAGACAGAAUGCUGCCGUGCUUCUGCGGUGUCGCGUGACAAGGCGGAGUUGCGGAAGUUGUCGUUGUGACGGUACGCAGUGGGCAUGCGGAGCUUCAAGGAGCUUCUUCCGGUUCGCGGAGCUCUGCCUACAGGCAGCAUUCUCCUCGCAUAGGGAUGGGCUGCCUCGAUGUCAUGAGUCUCAAAGGUCCCAAUAUAUGUAGGCUGCUACCCUGGGCACUGCUGCUCAGCGUGUUACCAAUAUUUCCUGCUCGUCUUACUCACUCCUGCCAGCGCGCCAGUGGUGUCACACUGCCAAGUAUGUCCCUGCCGAUAGGUCCACGGGGAAAGACCUGGCCACGGCCACCACGUCUGAGCAGCCACGAUUUUGGUUCAUUGUCGCAGGCCAUGGGCCUCAGCCGCACAGACCCGACAUUCAAUAAAUUCACU